AGACCGGAAGCUGUCAGUGGUCGGUGAGGUGUACCGCUCCGGUAGGAUGGUCAGUCGGUUCUCUCCGGUUUUACUCCCUCUGUUACCGGGUUAAACAUCAACACAGCGAGCCGCUCCAGCUCUACAAUUCCACAGCAGCUGAUCCGAGCCUAACCGAACCGGGUUAACGUCAUGAAUGAGACGGAGGGGCUCCGGUACCGGCGGGUUCACCGACCGCAUGUCAUCACCGACGAGCUGCCGGAGCACCAACACAAGGGAUCCAGCACCUACAGCGGGAAGGUUUUCCAGGUGACUCUGCUCUCUCUGGGCGGCUUUCUGCUUCUUCCUCUGCUGGUCAUCAUCCUCAUCCUCGAGUCUCCCAUCCACCCCGAAGCGUUCAGUCUGAAGGACCCUCCGGUGAUGAAGGGCUGCUGGGAGCCCAACCUGAAGCUCCGAGACGCUCAAAGACUGUUUGAAGACCAGAUCAGUGGACCAGAGUCCAUCGUCAACAUCGGAGAUGUUUUGUAUACCGGAACAGCUGACGGGAAGAUCGUGAAGUUGGUUGGUCGAAGAAUUCACACGGUGACGAGACUCGGAAAACUGCCCUGUGGCUCAAAAGAGGACGAGCCCAGCUGUGGGAGGCCGUUGGGGAUCCGAGUCGGACCCAACGGGACUCUGUUUGUAGCCGACGCCUACCUGGGUCUAUUCGAGGUCAACCCCACCACAGGUGAAGCGACCCGGUUGGUGUCGGGGGGUCAGGAGGUCGCCGGCAGGAAGCUGUCGUUCAUCAACGACGUGGCGGUGACUCAGGACGGGAAGAAGUUGUACUUCACUGACUCCAGCAGCCGGUGGCAGCGCAGAGACUACAUGCACCUCAUCAUGGAGGCCACGGCGGACGGACGAGUGUUGGAGUACGACACAGAGAGCAGAGAGCUGACGGUGGUGAUGGAGAACCUUCGAUUCCCAAACGGCAUCCAGCUGCUUCCCGACGAGGAGUCGGUGCUGGUGGCGGAGACCACCAUGGCCCGGAUACGCAGAGUCCAUGUUGCCGGUCUAAACAAAGGUGGGAUGGACACGUUCAUCGACAACCUGCCCGGUUUUCCCGACAACAUCCGUCCGAGCUCGACCGGAGGUUACUGGGUGGCCAUGUCAGCUGUGCGGCCAAACCCCGGCUUCUCCAUGCUGGACUUCCUGUCCCAGAGACCCUGGAUCAAGAAACUCAUCUUCAAGCUCUUCAGUCAGGAGGUGCUGAUGAAGUUCGUUCCUCGGUACAGCCUGGUGGCAGAGCUCCAUGACGGCGGCAUCUGCACUCGGAGCUUCCAUGACCCCAACGGCCUGGUGGCGGCCUACGUCAGCGAAGUCCACGAGCAUGAUGGGAAUCUGUACCUGGGCUCCUUCCGCUCGCCGUACAUCGCCAAACUAGACCUGCGUAAGGUCUAAAAAAAAAGGAAAACGCUGAGUCAAUCGACGGACAUACAGACGGACAUUUGUGACUUAGUCUGAAACCGUGACACGGCGUUCGUUCCUAACAGUGAUGUCAUGAUGCACCAGGAGGUGAAAUAGUCACAGGUUUGUCGGACUCGGAUGGCGGUCGGUCAACGAAUUUGUUCCAGAGUGAAAUUUUUGAGGGAUUAACGCAAAAUUAAAUUGAAACAUCGAUGGUCUGCAGAGGGUGAAUCCCAGUGACGCCACCAACACGACAGCCAUCGCAGUGGAUCCCCCGACAUUGUGUUCAUGUUAGCCGUUUUUGUUUUGUGGUCGUCAUGAACCGUACUCUGGCGUAUUGGUUCGGAAACUCAGGUUCUGAUCGGCAAACGAUACCCGGCCCUGCAAUCACGCUUACCUGGUGAAAAGAAAAGAAUCUCGCACUAACCGGCUGAAAACAGUGCUAGCUAACUAGCUAGCUCAAUCUAAUUAACUCGCUCACUAGCUAUUUGGCUUAUUCACCUGUGGGCUAGCUUGCUCAUUGUACCGCUAACUAGCAAGCUGCUGCUAAGUCAUGGUGACAUCAUUAUUUUUCCUUGGUGUUUUGGGUCACCCGCAGGUCAUUUUCUGUCUACCAGAGCUAACUCUGUAUUCACUGGGUUAGCAUCGUUAUUGCUACUUGCUGCCAUUUCUCACUUUAAUAUAUAUUAGCUAGCCUGAGCUGACAGAUGUCAUCAAGGAUGAGUGUCGCAUACAAAUGUAACUCUAAACAAUCAUUUUAUUUUCUAAUUACGGAAACCUUUCUAAUCAGUUUGAGUUGAUUUACUUUGAAUGACGUCCAUGUUUGUUUGGUUUUCUGACACCAAGUCAGAUAAAUCAGAGCUCAGAGAGGUAGUAACAUAGUCAGAACCCGACUGUCAUGUGUCAUAUUUAGCAUGUUGGCAUAAUCUCAGGAAAACAAGCUUUGGUACUUCCUGUUCUGUCCCCACCAAUAGGACCAGUUACUGUUACCAACCAGUCCUGGUAGCCUGACUUAAGGCUGGCUACCAAUCUUACCAGAUGUGUAAAAUGUGAGAGAAAAAUGUCCGAAAAAUAUAU